AUGUACAAAUAUAAAGAUAGAUAUUUGAUAUUCAACGGUCUUACACACGCUCAAUCACAAUUGAUUUACAAUAGAAGUAAUCAUGUAACACUUACAUCAUAUCAAACACAAUUUCAACGAAUAUCAGAUAUUCAAUCUUGUAGUCUAUUGAUUUGUGGUAGCUCAGCCUCUCUAAAAAUGGGUCCAACAUUUUCUGACUAUAUAAUAGAUAUAUCAAAAGUUAAUAAUACAGAGAAUCUUAGCAGCAAAAUACCUUUGAAUGUAAGGAGUGUUACUAUUUUCGAAUGGCAAGACAAUCUUGCAUUUGACAUUUCAGAUAGUAGAAUAAGUCAACUCGAAAUCAGAUGUGAUAAUCUAAAGAUAUUACCAGGUUCACUCCCAAACACUCUUGAAACGCUAAAUCACUCCAACCAAAGACCUGUAUUUAAUGCACAUGUGCUGCCAAAUACUAUUAAAUAUAUGACCGCCGAUUAUCGACAGCAAGAGCUUGCUCCUGGAUUACUCCCACAGUCGUUGGAACGCCUCUCACUACUGUUCAACGGUAAUACAUUGAAGGAACACCCACUGCCUGACAAUCUGAAAGUUCUGCAUAUCUGUACAUUCAAUAUGGUUGCUCCAAAGAUAGAUAUUGGACAACUACCUAGAUCACUUGAAACCUUAACACUCGAUUAUAAAAUUGUCGAUAACAUUGAGAACCUAUCGAUUCUCUCUCAGUUUCAAAGACUGACAACAAUUGAAUGCAAUUUCGAGUGGCUCUCCUCACUUCCACCAUCGAUCACCACCCUUCGUUUUACCAAGUGCUCUCUAGGUGGUAUUUAUAUUGAACCAAGUGUCAUUCCAUCGACAAUAACUAAUCUCGACUUUGGUGGAAUGAAAUUAUUCAGAUUGAAACCUGGGAGUAUUCCAUUGAGUGUCACAAAGCUAUCACUUGGUUACUUUGGAUAUUUUUUGGAACCUGGUGUCAUCCCGAUUGGUGUGAGAGAAUUGGAUACUUUUCUGUCAUUCAGUAAUAUUUCAUUUGGAUCAAUUCCAAACACUGUUCAGUCAUUGAAACUCUCGAAAUAUUCGGAUGGCGCUGAAUCGGAAUCAGCAUUUUUAGGUAUCCUUUCACUGCCAUCGAUCAAGAAACUUUCAUUCGAUACUGAAAAAGAAAUAAGUAGAUUUCCACCGAAUUUGGAAUUACUUAAACUCACUGGAAAUAAUAAUCAGUUAUUACAUUCAUCAUUACCACCGACCUUAAAGAAUCUCAUACUGUACCAGAUUAUUCUAGUUAAAGAUGUUUGCGAAGAUAGUGCACACCAGCAACCUCAAAGAUUGACAAUGAAUGUAGAUUCCUCAUUUUUCAGAGAAAAUACAUUGGAAGAUCUACCAAUCUCUGUUGAAAUCAUCAGGAUCAAUGGUAAUAUAGAACUUCGAAGAUAUAACCAAUCAAGCAUUUUCAUUGGUUACAAUCGAGACUAUCUUGUAAAUGGUGGAUUCAUAGAAUCAACUCAACACUUGAGAGAUUUAAUCAAUAACAGAGUAUUUAAAAGACAUAUAAUUAAUGAAAGAAUAGCUAAGAUCAUCACUUAA